AUGUUACUUUUCAUAAUUUCCCCCUUAUUCCUACUCUCUCUAUGCCAACCUACAGUAACCCAACACUCUCAGGAGGUACUGUCACAUUUUAACAAUUUCACGAUGCACCAUAAGAAACACUACCGUACCCCGGCGGAGAAAGACCGCCGGUUGGCUCAUUUCGCGAAAAAUCAUCAGAAAAUCCAGGAACUUAAUGCGAAAGCAAGGAGAGAAGGACGAAAUGUGACUUUUGGGUGGAAUAAGUUUGCUGAUAAGAAUCGACAGGAGUUGAGCGCCAGAAAUUCAAAGAUUCAUCCCAAAAACCACACGGAUCUUCCAAUUUACAAGCCGAGGCAUCCACGUGGCAGUCGUAAUCAUCAUAAUAAACGCUCAAAACGUCAAAGUGGGGAUAUUCCGGACUAUUUCGACCUCCGUGAUAUUUAUGUCGAUGGGAGUCCAGUUGUUGGUCCUGUUAAAGAUCAAGAACAAUGCGGUUGCUGCUGGGCGUUCGCCACCACUGCCAUCACCGAAGCUGCCAACACCCUCUACUCCAAGUCCUUCACAAGUCUCUCGGACCAGGAAAUUUGCGAUUGUGCAGAUUCAGGAGACACUCCUGGGUGCGUGGGAGGUGAUCCAAGGAACGGUCUGAAAAUGGUGCAUCUACGGGGACAGUCCAGUGACGGUGACUACCCUUACGAGGAAUAUCGGGCGAAUACCACUGGAAAUUGCGUGGGCGACGAGAAAAGUACAGUAAUCCAGCCGGAAACUUUAAAUGUCUAUCGAUUUGAUCAAGAUUAUGCAGAGGAGGAUAUUAUGGAGAAUUUGUAUCUCAAUCAUAUCCCUACAGCAGUUUAUUUCCGAGUGGGUGAGAACUUUGAAUGGUACACAUCAGGAGUACUUCAAUCCGAAGAUUGUUACCAAAUGACACCAGCGGAAUGGCAUUCCGUAGCAAUUGUUGGUUAUGGUACAUCAGAUGACGGUGUCCCGUAUUGGUUGGUUAGAAACUCGUGGAAUUCCGAUUGGGGUCUUCAUGGAUAUGUCAAGAUUCGACGUGGUGUUAACUGGUGUCUGAUUGAAAGUCAUGCGGCUACUGCUAUGAUUGAUAAUUAAUUGUGUAAUGAAUGUUUUAAAAAAUUA